AUGCUGAAAUAUAGUGGACACAAGAACAGGUUCAAUUCUCCAAGAGUAUGCAGUCAGAAAAAUAUCAACUAUGAGAAACACUACAGCAUAAAUAUCUCAGAACACUUGAACUGCAGAAUGAAGUGCAAUCCCGACGAACAUGCAAUUAAAUACUGUGCUGACUGGACCAUCUGCUGCAAAGUAAAGAAUACUAAAUUUAAGAGGAAAAAGAAGUGGUGA